AUGGAAGCUUUCUGUGGUGGUCAAAGUCAUAGGUCAAAGCCAAUGGGGAACAUGAUUGGAAACACCAUUAAAAUUGACUUGAAUGCACGAACUAGCAUGAGGGCUAAGUUUACAAGGGUGGCUAUUAAUAUUGAUUUGGGCACACCAGUUAAAAGCUCUAUUUUCAUAGAUGAUGUGGCGUAA